AUUAGCCACAGCCUCAAAUUCCAACCAAACCAAACAUUUCAAGCUUUUCCUCUCUGAACCAAAGCCCCUCAAAUUCUUCUCUCGUUCCAACAAUGGCGUCUCAGAGGAACAACGGCGGCGGCGGCGAAAGGAGCCUUGUAACAAGAGUCUCUCAAUCUACCAUCGUUCAGCAAACGAAACGCACCGUUUCAGAGGCGGGUUUCGUGUCGAAGAAGCUUCUGCAGAGUACAGGCAGGGCGGCGUGGAUCGCCGGAACCACCUUCCUCAUCUUGGUCGUUCCUCUCAUCAUCGAGAUGGACCGCGAGCAACAGUUCGCCGAUCUAGAGAUGCAGCAAGCUAGUAUACUGGGCUCUCCUUCCAAGUAAACUCCACCACCCCUAUUCGAUCGUAUCGGGAAAAAUCUGAGAAAGUUCCUUUGUGUAAUUUUCUCUUUUUUGAAUUGUGAUAUUCGUCUUUAGAUGAAUUCUUCUUCCUUAACAUUUUGGGGGUCCAGAAUUUAGGGUUUUACGAGCGAAUUUUAAUGAUUUAUUUAUGAGAGUUGCCUUUGAAUAUUUCAUUCUCUUUUGUACUGAAAAAAAGGUUUUUCUUUUGGGGGUUUUAGUCUCCAUGGUAGCCAUGAUUAGGGUUUUAUUGAGUUAAUUAUUUUGUUGUUAUAUUAUGAAUGAUAGGGUUUAUGAAGGGUUUUAUUGAAUUGAUUA